CUCCCUCCCUCCCUCCCGCGGGCUGCGGCAGAGGCGCAGGCGCCCGGCGGAGGAGCAGGACCAUGGCCGCGGCUCCGGCGGAGGCGGAGACCCGGCAGCGUCUCCUGCGCACCGUCAAGAAGGAGGUGAAGCAGAUUAUGGAGGAAGCUGUGACAAGGAAGUUUGUGCACGAGGACAGUAGCCACAUCAUCUCAUUCUGUGCUGCCGUGGAAGCCUGCGUCCUGCACAGCCUGAAGCGGAGAGCAGCUGGGUUCUUGCGCAGUAACAAGAUCGCAGCCCUGUUCAUGAAGGUGGGCAAGAGCUUCCCUCCGGCAGAAGAUCUUUCUAGAAAGGUCCAAGAUCUGGAACAGCUCAUCGAGAACACACGAAACCAGGUACAAGGCGUCCAGGAGAACGUGCGCAAAGUGCAGAAGCUGCCGAACCUGUCUCCCCAGGCCAUCAAGCACCUCUGGAUCCGCACAGCCCUCUUCGAAAAGGUCCUGGAUAAAAUCGUGCAUUACCUGGUAGAAAACAGCAGUAAAUACUAUGAGAAAGAAGCUCUCCUGAUGGAUCCCGUAGAUGGACCAAUUCUUGCUUCCUUAUUGGUGGGGCCUUGCGCGCUGGAGUACACCAAGAUGAAGACGGCGGAUCACUUCUGGACUGACCCCUCCGCCGACGAACUCGUUCAGAGGCAUCGCAUUCACAGCUCACACUGUCGCCAGGACUCUCCCACGAAGCGCCCUGCUCUCUGUAUUCAGAAAAGGCAUUCGAGUGGCAGCAUGGACGACCGGCCGUCACUGUCUGCCAGAGACUAUGUGGAGUCUUUGCAUCAGAAUUCCAGAGCCACGCUACUCUACGGCAAAAACAACGUCCUGGUGCAGCCGAGAGACGACAUGGAGGCGAUCCCGGGGUACUUGUCCCUUCAUCAGACUGCAGACAUCAUGACGUUGAAAUGGACCCCCAACCAGCUAAUGAACGGUUCUGUGGGAGAUCUGGACUACGAGAAAAGGCUAAUUUCUAAAAUUUCCCAGUGUCCAGGCAAGACAGAGAGAGAGAGAGGUCAAACCACGAAUGUGUACUGGGACUAUGCCAUGACCAUUCGCCUCGAGGAGAUCGUCUACCUGCACUGUCACCAGCAGGUAGACAGCGGUGGGACAGUAGUUUUGGUGAGUCAGGAUGGAAUUCAGAGGCCUCCGCUCAGGUUCCCCAAAGGAGGGCACCUGCUUCAGUUUCUGUCCUGCCUAGAAAAUGGUCUCCUCCCUCAUGGACAGCUGGACCCACCUCUUUGGUCACAGAGGGGGAAGGGGAAGGUGUUUCCAAAGCUGAGAAAGCGAAGUCCCCAGGGCUCUUCCGAGUCGGCAUCUGAUAAGGAAGAUGAUGAAGCCACGGACUACGUUUUCCGGAUAAUCUACCCCGGCACGCAGUCAGAGUUUGUUCCUGUAACCAGUCAUUCUCGUCCUUUCCUUGCCUCCCCUGCAAUCUCUGGCGCCGCUGGGAGGGAGAUGACCCUGAGGACUCCUGCUACAAGCAAGAUUGUGGUGAUCCCCAAACGCUCUCUGAGCCUCCUGGCCAGACCCCUCACUGCGCCAUGGACUGAACCGCAUCAGCUGCCCCAGGAGCUGAUCGACACACCAGCCAGCAGCCUGCCUUCCAUGUGGCAACCUAGCACCCGCAAGUCCUCCUGCUCCUCGUGCUCCCAGAAUAGCUCCUCCGAUGGUGGCCCAUCCAAUGGCUGCAACCACGAAAGAACCCCACUAAAGCUCCUGUGUGACAACAUGAAAUACCAGAUCCUCUCCCGGGCUUUCUAUGGCUGGCUGGCGUACUGUCGACAUCUCUCCACUGUGCGAACCCACCUGUCCGCAUUGGUUAACCACAACAUUGUGUCUCCUGACCUGCCAUGUAAUGCCAGCGGUGGACUGACUGCAGAGAUAUGGCAAAAAUACCUGCAGGAUAGCACGAGUUACGAGGAGCAGGAGUUGUUACGGCUCAUCUACUACGGUGGGAUCCAGCCUGAGAUCAGGAAAGCCGUCUGGCCCUUCCUCUUGGGCCACUACCACUUCGGGAUGACGGGAGCUGAGAGGAGAGAGGUUGACGAUCAGAUCCGGGCCUGCUACGAACAGAUCAUGGCGGAAUGGCUGGGCUGCGAGGCCAUCGUUCGGCAAAGGGAGAAGGAAUCCCACGCUGCGGCUCUGGCCAAGUGCUCUUCUGGGGCGAGCUUAGACACCCACAUUCAGAGGAUGAUGCACAGGGAUUCGACUGUCAGCAACGAGUCUUCCCAAAGCUGUAGCUCCGGCAGGCAAAGCCACGCCCGGCUGCUGAGUGACUCCAGCUCCAGCACCCAGGUGUUUGAAUCAGUUGAGGAUGUGGAACAGACUGAGGCAGAUGCCCAACUCGAAGACGGCAAACAAGCCAAAAUCCUAAACGGGACAAUCGCCAACGGCACGUGUUCCCCUGAGCCUGGCCAUCCCUCUUCCCAGACUUUCUACAGCACGUCUGAGCACAGCUUCAGCACUGACGAGAAUGCGACGGAAUCCAGCAAAACCGGGGCCUGCCACCAAGGGAAAGCCAGUGGGGCCGAGGCCCCGAAACCACAGAGCUCAGUCAAUACACUGUCCGAGGAUAAGCUGGCGGGGGAGGAUCUGCAGGGCCAGGACAGCCUGGAAGGUGAAUGUCCCAUCAAUGGAAGCUUAGAAGUCUUUAUUCCAGUUGGCGGGAGCACAGCGGCGGUUUUGCCUGACAAUGAAGCGGUGGGCCUUUCUGUGGUGGAUGAAAGCUGGGCUGAUAGUGAAGCUGAAAAGCGCAGCUUGGUGGGGAGUGAGGACAAUCUGUCGGAGGAACCAGAGAUGGAGAGCUUGUACCCACCGCUGGAUUCACUAGCUGUGGCUGACUUGGCUAACAAUGAAGUUUCUCCCGUCUCCUCAACUGGGGUCACCUAUUCUCCAGAGCUCCUGGACAUGUACACUGUGAACCUGCAUCGCAUUGAGAAGGAUGUGCAGAGAUGUGACCGGAACUACUGGUACUUCACACCUGCCAACCUCGAGAAGCUCCGCAACGUCAUGUGCAGCUACAUCUGGCAGCACAUUGAGAUCGGCUACGUGCAGGGAAUGUGUGACCUGCUGGCGCCUCUCCUGGUCAUCCUGGAUGAUGAGGCGCUCGCGUUCAGCUGUUUCACCGAGCUCAUGAAAAGGAUGAACCAGAAUUUCCCACAUGGGGGAGCCAUGGACACCCACUUCGCUAACAUGAGGUCACUGAUCCAGAUCUUGGACUCUGAGCUCUUUGAGCUGAUGCACCAGAAUGGGGACUACACCCAUUUCUACUUCUGCUAUCGAUGGUUUCUCCUGGACUUCAAGCGAGAGCUGGUGUAUGAUGAUGUUUUCUCUGUCUGGGAGACAAUCUGGGCAGCUGCACGCGUCUCCUCUUCGCACUAUGUCCUCUUCAUAGCCCUGGCCUUGGUGGAAAUGUACCGGGACAUCAUUUUGGAAAAUAACAUGGAUUUUACAGAUAUCAUCAAGUUCUUCAAUGAAAUGGCCGAGCGGCACAACACCAAACAGCUCCUGAAGCUGGCCCGGGAUCUCGUGUACAAAGUCCAGACGCUGAUUGAGAAUAAAUGAAAGGCCUGGGAAGGGUGGGGUGUUUGGCGAGACGUCGCCGACUCCUGUCCAACACUUCCUUCCCCAUCUCCUUUUUCUUGAAGUGCCACACCUGUGACAAAAAACCCUUGGUAGUUUGACACAUGCUGCUCUCUAAGAUGAAAGUACCCUUAUCUCUGCUCUCAUGCUGUUGAGCUUAGACAUUAGGGGAAGGGUCCCCUGGUUUAGUUCUUCAGUUCAACAUUCGCUUUCAGUGAUUGACCAAAGAUCUGUAAAUCUGCAUCUUAUUUUUUGUUUCAAACAUUUCUACGUUGGAAGCAAAUCCUGGGCAGACAUUGCCUUGCCUUGCUUUGCUUUGGUGGUAUUAUUGCAGUUAUGGUUCCCAUCUUUAGCAAGAGCACUUUCCAGACAAAGCUUUCUCAAAGAGGGUGGGCUACAGGCAGACUAUGCCUCUGCUGUCCCUUGGUCCACCUUUGAAUUUGCAGCAUAUACUGCAGGGGAACAAAGCACUUCCCAAGAAGCAGCUUCCCCGCGUGACAAGAAAGCCAGGCAGCAUCCCUCUCAAGCUAGUAAAAACUAGGGUGUUCUCAGCAUUCGGCUCUGGGGGAGGAGCGUGAGGCUGUGCCUUCAGCAGAGAGACUCUGAUCAGAGAAGUUCCUCCUAUGAUAUACCCUCUUCCUUGUGUGGGGCUCUGUUUUCCUCCCAUUCCCUAGGGUUGACAGUUUGCUCCUCACCCCGGGAUCAGAGCAUGUGGAGUUCCAACUCCGGCUAAGUUUCCAAAAGAGCUCAGGAUGCCAAGUAUUUCAGUGCCAACAUAGGAGCUGAGCUCUACUGGAAAGUCUGGUUCCAACUGUGGGUCCUGAGCAUUUGAAAAAUCCGGCCUUGAGCUUUUUUGAAAAUUCAGAGUUUGUGCCCAGAGGAGUCUCUUGUGUUUCUGGAACCUGAUCCUUAGCCCAUUGAAGUCAAUGGAAAGACUCCAGUUGGACAUCGGUGGGCUUGUGGAGGAAAAUAGACCAAGCUUAGCGUUCUCUGUUCUGGGUACCCAGAGUGGUGCAAUUCCAAGGCAGCUCCCCUGCAGUGGCACUAGCAUUGUGCCCCACUGGUGCUGUGGCGUGCAGCACCUUGGCCCACACAAGAGCAGCAGGAAAACUGAGCUGCAGGAUAAUUGGUGAGGUUAGUGCAGCCAAGAGUUUGGGUUUAUUUUUCAACUCAGGUAAAAAAAAGUAGAAGAGGAAAAGGAGAGAAGUGGGUUGUGUUAGUGGGUUAGUUCCCACCUGCCUAGGAAGGUCAUUGUCAUGGCUAAACCAGUCGGUGGUUGCUCCUGGCAGCUGGGAAAAUGCUUUGCUGUAGCUCUUUCAAGGGUACUUGCUCUCAAAUUGUGCUGCAAAAAUCUGUUUGCCAGCCAUGAAAUGUGUGAUAAAUGUGUUUUCUCUUCCUCCACUCAGCUCCCCCAGCAGGGCUAGGCCAGAGCCCUCCGUGCUGAGGGAGUGGUGUUCACCAGAAGGGGAAAGGGACUCCUCUGUUUCUCCUCCUGCAGAACCCUUCUUUGUACUGGAUGUAUUUUGUAUUUGUGUGUUGUGUGUCUCAGACGUUGCUUGCAGAAGAAACCCAGAAGAAAAUAGUGCAUGCUCCAGAAAUCAGUUGCAGAGUACAGUGAGCCAGUCUGCAGUAUGUGAACAAAUCACCUCAUCCCUCUGUACUAGUGGGAUGCAGAGUCUGUAACUGCAAACCAGGGAAGGGCAGGGCCUGCUGAACCCUUUUGCUGAAGAAGAAUACAGCGCGAGGUGAAAGCAGAGGAAAUCUGUCUUCUCUAAUUUCUUAUUUUGCAGGCUAUUUGUACUUUAUCCACAUGAGGUAGGAAACCCUCUGAAGCAAUUUUCUGCCCAGGUUAGAGCCAAUCUGCUGUAUUAAACGCCAAAAAGAGCUUAAUUUACUGGAGAAAACAGUCCGCACUAGCAUCUGAAAUAGUCUGCAUGGAAACUGAAGAAGUUGGGCUUUAAACCUUCAGGUUCGACUAUGAAUCUUUCAUCUUUUCCUAAAGCAGAGAGCAAAUCUCACGCCUACACUGGUGACCUGCUCCUGAUUUUACACUUGUAGCUUUUCAGAUGUUAGAAUGGAUAAAUAAUCUGAGUAACCUUGUUCUAAAGUGGAAGGGAUCAAAGUGACACCUUCACAUAGCAAAACUAAGGAAUAAUAACCAUUAGAUAGGCAUAAAUAGUAGUAUUUUAUCAAGCAACAACUCUGAUGACACUAGCUUUCAGGCUUUUUUUUUUUUUUUAAUGGAUAGCUGAGAAUCCUGCACAAUAUCAGCUAUCUGUAUUAUCUGACUGUGUCUUCGGGCCCAUCAAUAGCAGUGUUUUUGAAUAACUUCUAACAAAAAAAAGUAUUUAUUUAUUCUAUUGAUUGUACAUUACUGUGUGUCCUUGUAUACUGAAUUCAGUGAGUGUGACUCUUUAUGCAAAUGGAGAUAUAUCUUUCAAUGUUGCAAACAUAUCUGUAAAUGUUUACCAGAAAAUUGUGUCUAUAUAUACAGUAUAGAGAAAAAAUGUGAUUUAAGUGGGGUAUUAUUUUUUUGAGGGGGGAAAAAAAAUCUUUGCUUCUAAGAACGGUGUGGUUCUCUAUAGCACCUACUCAGUGAUGUGCCAAUCUGUCACUUUCCUUGUACUGUGAGAAUUGUUCUGUUACUGCAACAAAAAGCUCAAUGCAGGUUAAGAAACCAUUUGACCUCAGCUUUGCUUGGUUUAGCACUGAUUAAAAAUUGUGGAACAGAAACAGAGGUAGCAACUUUAUCCCUGAUCCCUCAAUGGAAUCGCCACAGGUGGCCUCUAUCACCCCACUGAUUUAUGUGGGGCUCUGCACAGGCACUGGGGUCAUCCUGGGUAGAAGUGAUUGCAGGAUCAGGGCCUAAUGUGUUUUAUUGCAGCAAUUUAAAUUCCCCCAAGAAUGUAAUAUAUUAGGCUGCAGUUAAAGCAACACUGCAUCCAUUUUGCUCUAAGAGUAUGAACGUUAAACUGAUCCCAGGGUAUUCUCCAGAAAAAUAAUGAAAAGUGUCCAUAGAGAAAGCUUGAGGGAUACAUUCUACUCUCACUUUGAAUGUAAAUCCAGAGUAACUCCAUUGCAGUCAAUGCACCAAAUGUAACAUUCAAAUGGGAGCUGCCAGCAUACAUUAAAGUCAGUGGAACAAAUUCUGCUCUCAGAUAUUCCAGUGGGAGUUGUGCAUGCAAAGCUCAGAGCAGAAUUUGGUCAGGUGGAUGUCUUAUCUUGAUUGCUUUGCUCUUUGAAUGCAUUUCUUGUUCAGAUAUCUUGCCAGGUUGUUAAUUCACGUGCACAGCCGCAGGCAGGUUGGCUGAUUGGUGGGGUUAUAAACAGUGCAUAUUAGAAAGUCAAGAUGUACUGUAAUCAUGGCAAAUUUCCAUAGCUUUUGGUCAUAUGUGGUCCUAGCUCAGCUCUGCGUGUGUGUCCAUAGAAUGUGUACUUGGAGUCACAAAGGCCCUGAACAACUGGGAUUGUUUGGAUUUCAUAGAGACAUUAGAGCCCCUGGAAACAGAGACUGUUCCAACAGAACACUCAGAGAGCAGUAAGGGGGAAAGGGGGAGUUUGCUUGUCUGUCUGAAAUAAAAAAAUUGUGAGCAAAUUGAUUCCAAAACCAAACCAUGAAUUAGAUAACGUGACUGUAUGAUGUCCCCACCCAUCCAUCAGUGGUUUAAAUACUUUAGAACCGUGAUUUUUGUGAACACCAGUCUUACAAACAGCCAGUUAUACAACCCAUUUUUCCUGAUGGGGAAAAAAAAAUCACAUAAUGAAAAUGGCGUCACUGAAAAAUGAAUCGACAGCCCUUCACAGUCUAAGGGCUCAAUGCACUGGAAAUCGCUUUGGAGUAGUUUGGAGGAGAAGAAGAACGAGACACAGAGUAUCACACUGCAACGUGAGCACCGUACCACUGUCAAUUUGAGAUGUUCCAUUUUCUGAACACCUCAAUCCCUAAUUAGUUGUAAAAUAGGGGUUCUAUUGUAAUGAAUGGGAACUGACCUCACAUGACUUCCAACUAAUGCACACAGGGCCUGGUGUGUCUAGGGUGACCAGAUGUCCCAAUUUUAUAGGGACAGUCCCGAUUUUUGGGUCUUUUUCUUAUAUAGGCUCCUUUACCUCCCACCCCGUCCCAAUUUUUCACACUUGCUGUCUGGUCACCGUAGGUGUGUCCAGGGGCUUUAAGUUGGUAUAUCCACACUGCAGUCCAAGGGGUGAUUGCAGUACGUGAAGCCAUACCCGAUAUAGCUUUACUCUAGCUAGCUCAGGUGCCAAGAGCAGUAAAGCCAUGGCAGCUGCCUGAGUGCAUACUUGGGCUUGGGCAGUUAGUCUGUGCUGCUGCUGUUGGUACCCAAGCUAGCUAGAUUCAAGCUUGCUCAGCUGUGACUACGUGUGCUGCAAUGACAUCUCCAGUUGCAGUGUAGACCUACCCUUAGAAUCCACUUGUAUGCACACAAUUUUUGUGCCCAUGUAUAUAUCCCUUAGCAUGCUCUGUGUGCACGAAUGACAGUGCGUAAACUGUGUGUGCAGGUAAGUGGAGGCCAUCUUUUAAGUCAGGCUUGUAUUGUAAUUUGUGUUGUAAUCCAUGCAUAAUAUGUCAAUUCCCAUUGAAAUUGAUUAGCACUCCGCAAGCCUUGUGUAUGUGACAUCUAAUUCGCACAUUGAGUGGUUUCCUUUUGGUGAUUUAAACUACGGUUACCAUAUUUAAAAAAUAAAAAAAAGGACACUCCAGGGGCCCUGGCCCUGCCCCAACUCUGCCACUUCCCCAAAGUCCCCGCCCUAACUCCGCCCUCUCCCCUGAGCGCC